AUGUUGAGCAGGUUCUUGGAGCGGGGUGACUCGGAGGAAGAGCUGGAGCGGCGGCCGCUGCUCCGGACCGGCCGCGUGCCCUCGUCGACAUCCUUGCUGUCAACAGCGUCGUCGUCGUCCUCGGUGUCGUCCCUGUUUCCGCGAGGCACGCCUCGCGAGAACGACGGGGGUGGCGGUGGCCGGAGAGGAGAAGCAGACGAGGACGACCCCGAGCAGCAGCGCUUGGCAAUCCUCAAGCUCAAGAGGAUCAACGCCCACCUCGCCAACGAGAGGACGCUGCUGGCGUGGGUGCGGGCGGUGGGGAAGAUGUUUACCGCCGGGGUGCUGUGCCUGUCCCUCGCGGACGACGGCUACAGCCCAACCUACAGGGUGUGCUUCGUGGGCAUGGGCAUGGUCUACUUCGCCAUGGGUCCGUACGUCGUGUUCGUCGGAGCCAAGAGGUUUCACCAGGCGGCGCAAGUGAUGAAGGGCAGCGUGCACGACACUUACUCGUUUUUCUCGGGGAGUCACCAGAGGGGGCUCACGUACCUCAUGAUGACGCUCGCGGUCGUCACGGUGGCACUCAUGGCAACACAGCUCUCGGCAGAUCUUUAUUAGCCUUGCUCAAGAAACCGUGGCUGUUCUUUUGGUGGCUUGCGCGAACGGAAAAAAAAGCACCAGAGCCCGCCGCAGCGCGCGUGGGGUUGCAUUCUGUCGGUCUCAUGAGCUGGGGGAUGGUAGUCCGGGAUGUUGGUGAACUUUGGUGUGUUUCUCGGCCGUAGCCAACCAACAAAACCCCGUGGAGUCAGCGAGCUAGCUCAUGGCGGCGUGGGGGAUGUAGUGUAGUAGGUCAAUGACGGUAGCCAUCGACACUGGUGUUGGUUUUAGUGCGUUCGUGCUUCCGAGCAAACCCUGCUUGGAGUGUUUUUACGAAAGACAGCUUGGUGUCGUCAGUCUUUGUGGUGGGAGGGAGGGAAGGUACGGAAGGCGUCCUACUUCAUCCCAUCCGGUUGCUCGGACAGCAACGUUUGGUGAGUUUACUGCCCGUUUGACCUCGGCCGCAGGGCGUCGCGGACUUUGGUAGCUCCGCAUGAAUGUGAUUCGUGUUGUUCGUCUCCUCUUUUGUGUGUCCCGGUGUUUUUAAGUGUUUUCGCCCCACCAAGGCAAAGGUGUUGCUUCCAACCAAGCACCGCGGGAGGAAAGGUAGAAAAAAUUAAACGGAUUGUUUUACACACGACAAAGAACUAUGCUGCCGUGUUUACCUUCCUCCUGCGUGAACCGGGCUGGUGCGUAGAAAAUGCUUUUUCCGAACCCGAGAGAGUGGGAUGUGGCACACAGCAGUAGAUGGGACGAAAAUACACACACACACGGUGUUUUUCAUCCCGCUAUUGUACUAGACUCAUGUAUGUUCAUUGGUCAACGGUUUAGCGCGGUCGAUGCUGUGCUCGUUAACAAACGCACGCUCUUUCUUUCACCCUCGGCAGUUCUACAGUAGGUGGCCUCUCCUGCCUCAUGGUUAGUCGAGGAGAGCGUGUCAUCUCACUCUUCGAUAGUGCCGACGAACACUUCACCAGUCUCUCUCACCCGCGAGUUGUUUUUCUGGCCACACGCCAGGGAGAGGAAAACCAGUGGUCAUCGGUCACGGUUGGGCGCUACUAAGG